AUGCAGGCCGCGCCCUGCGCGGCUCUGUUAAGCCAGCUCCCUGAGCUUGUUGCGACGAGCGAGAAGCCGCUAGACCCCGGUGUGCCACUGCAGGCCUUGCUAGAAGCAGUGCCAGCUACGCUCAGGGUCGCCCUGAUGCCACCCUCGCCUGCUGUCGCCGCUCCCGUUCCCGCGCCAAGUCCCGUGCCAAGCUGCACCUCAAGUCCCCAACCUGCAAGCACAGAAGCGCGAGUGAGUAGUACAACGAAGGCCAGCGCUGGGGAGAAGACGCGCGGUGAAGACGGUGUUCAGUCGUAUGUCAACCGCCUCCUCAAGCGCGUUGCCGAGCCCGCGGGAGCCACGACCGACUUGACUUCCCACUCCUUCCGACGCGGCGGCGCUCAGCACGCUAACGGAGACGAUCGCCUUGCCACUCAGUGGAUCUUCGACCGCGGUGCAUGGGAGAUGGGCAAGGUCAACAAAGGGUUCGCCUACGUGUACAACACGCCGCGGGAAGACCGGAAGGUUGCGCGAGUGCUGAGCGGUUGGGAGGCCGACGCAGCUCCUGUUGUCCUUGAUGCUGCGGCGCUGGAUCAUGGAGCUCAAGAGCGUCUGGCAUCCUUGCGCGAAUUCCUGUUCAGCACCUGUACUGGACUCAAGGAACACAGCCUCAACGUAAGCAGCAAGGACCUCACCGUCCUCACGGCAUACCUGGUCCGCUACUACCCGCAGCUAAAGGCGCUGGCUCCGGAUGCCCCGAUUGUUGAGCGCGUGGAAGAGUGCUUGGCCUCCGCGGGGAUCUCGACAGCUGACGUGCUCGCAUUGUCGGUUGCGCUCAACAAACAAGCUUCACCUGCUGAACCUGUUGCAGAACAAGCACACGAAUCCAAGACGCACUCAUGCCAAGUCCAUCAUCAUCUUCUAGCUGUCAUUGAUGAGCUUAUCGCCUCGAACCGAGCCCUCUCCGCGCGUCUUACAAUCGUGGAGGCUGCGCAACUAAAGUGUAAGCGAGAACAAGUACCCGAUGAGGAGCCACAGGCACAAGAUACGUCAGAUCAAGAGCUAAAACCCAAGCGCAGAAAGAAAGCAACGACCAACCUGUCCAGCGCGUGGUUCGAAUGGUACACGCGGGUGCCACGCGUCUGGGACUCCGCCGACCGCCAGAAGAAGUCCGAGUUUCGCCACGCCACGGCGUUCAUGAAGCUCUUCUUGAGCGAAGGCUUCACGCUGGACCCCAAGGCGCCGGACUACAAGGAUCAAGUCCUGGACGCUGGUCGUCGGGCUGAGAAAGCCGUGCUCGCCUUCCUGAAGUCGCGCAACGUCAACGCCAAGGGGGCUGUGAUGGAAGGUAUGGAUCUUGGACACGAAGCUUGGACGAAGCGGAGGGAGGGACGUCGCAGACGGCGGGACCGGAGCGAAGGCACUUGA